AUGGCAGGCAAAAAAAAUAAAAAACAAUUAAAACAAGAAAAACAACAAAGAAAAGAACAAUAUCUAGCUCAACAACAACAAGAACAACAACAAGAACAACAACAUAAAGAAGAAGAAGAAUCAAAAGUUACAACAGCAAUUAUAUCAACUGAUGAUGAAGAUGACAUAAUAAAUAAUGAUAAUGAUGAUAAUAAUAAUGAUAAUAAUAAUAAUAGUGUAAAUAACAAUAAUAAAAAUAAUAAUAUAGAAACUGAUGAUGAAGAAGAUUAUGAUUACGACGAUGAUGAUGAUGAUGAUGAUGAAGAUGAGGAAGUUGGUAAAAUUACCAAUUAUUGGGUUGAAGAAUCACCAAUGAAACAAGAAUUAUAUGAUAUGUUUGGUAGUAAUUUAUUAUCAAAUGGAUCAAUUGAUAUUGAUGAACCAAAAGUUCAAUUUAAUCAAACAAGAAAGAUUUUUCAUUUUACAAAAAGUCCAAUUGAAUUAUUACCAGAAUCUUAUUUUGAUUAUACAGAUUUUCGUGAAUAUGAUGAAGAUGACGAUGAAAAAGAAGAUGACGAUGAAGAUGAAGACGACGAAGACGAUGAUGAUUACCAAGAUGGUGAAUAUGAAAAUAAUUUAAAAGAUAGUCAAGAUAAAGAAAAUGAAAAUGACGAUGACGAUGAAGAUGAAGAACAAGAGGAUGAAGAAGAAGGUAUACAACAAUUUAAUAAAAAUAAUAAAUUUAAUAAUAAGCGUGAUGAAUAUUAUGAUUAUGAUGAACUAAACGAUAGUUCUAGUGAAGAAACUAAAAAAUCAGCUAAAAUAAUAAAGAAAGGAAAUAAUUUUAGAUUCUAUCAACAUGUUAGUAGCGAAAGUGAUACAAGCGAACAAGAUCCAGUUUCUUAUAUAAAGACAACUGAUAAUAAUAAUAAAUGUAAUAAUAGUAAAAACGGUAAUGAUUCAGAUGAUGAUUCAGAAGAGCAAGAAGAAGAGGAGGAGGAAGAGGAGGAUGAAGAGGAAGACGAUGAUGUUGUUAAUAGUGUUGAGGAACAUUCAGAUGUAGAACAAGAUAGUUUAGAUUUAUCAUCAUUUAAAAAUACUCCAACUACUCCAUCUACACCAAUACAAUCUUCAUCUCAAAUCAAUAAUAAUGUAAUUUUAGAACAACAGCAAACAUCAACAACAACAAUACCAACAGCAGUUGCAACUACGCAAUCACCAGUUGGAUCACCACAAUUAAGACAAUGGGCUCAAAGACCUCAAGUUAAAUAUGUAUCAAGAUUUUCACAAACACCACCAAUUUCUCCAACAACUACACCAUUGAGUAGCUGUAAUGAUUUAUCUACAGUCUUAACCUCAACAACAACUACAUCAACUAAAUCUUCAUUACCAAUAAGUACAGAUAGCGAAGAAGAAGAAGAAGAAGAAGAAGAGGACGAAGAGGAAGAAGAAGAAGAAGAAGAAAAUAAUGAUGAAGAAGAGGAGGAAGAGGAAGAGGAAGAAGAAGAAGAAGAGAUUGAAAUUAGUGGUAGUGAUAUUGAUAAUGAAGAAAUUCAAAAUAUUAUACGUAAUAGAGCAUCAAUGGAACAAACGUUAUUAGAAGCAAGAGUAAAGGCUGAAUCUGAAAGAAUUAAACUUAAAAAUUACUUUAAUCAAGCAAAAAUAGAUCUCAGACAAUCUAUUGAAAAUGCAUCUAAAUUGUUUAUAAAUAAUUCAAAUUCACUAUCUUCAUCAAAUACUAAUAAUAAUAAUAACAAUAAUGAUGAUAACAAUAAUAAAUUAGAAGAGGUAUCAUCAACAUUAAUUCAACUUGAAAAUAAAAUUGGUGAGAUCGAAGAAUCACUUAAAAAAAGUGAUACUAAAGAUAAUCAUAUUCAUCAAAGAAGUAAUGGUAAUGGUAAUGGUAAUGGUAAUAGUAAUAGUAGUAGUAGAUCAAAAAUUAAAAUUAAUUCAUUAUUACAUGAAUUUGUUCAUUUAAAACAACAAAUUGAAAAAGAAAAAACAGAAAAGAUAAAUAGGGAUUGUGAGUUAAAAGAUAUUACAGAACAUUUAUUAGAGAUGGCAUCACAAUUAUCAAAAGCAGUUGCUCAUAAAAUUAAUUCGGAUUUAGCUAGUAAUAAUAAUAGUUUUAAUAAUAGUCCAUUAUCUUUUAAUAAUGGUAAUAAUAAUAAUAAUAAUAAUAAUAAUAAUAAUAAUAAUAAUAAUAAUAAUAAUAAUAAUAAUAAUAAUAAUAAUAAUAAUAAUAAUAAUAAUAAUAAUAAUAAUAAUAAUAAUAAUAAUAAUAAUAAUAAUAAUAAUAAUAAUAAUAAUAAUAAUAAUAAUAAUAUUAAUAGUAAUAAUAGUAAUAAUUUUAUCGAAAAUUUGAAUGGAAUAAAUUCAACAACAACAACAUCAAUAAUACCACCAUCAUCGUCAACAUCAUCAAUGCCAAUAAUAUAUAAUAAUAUACCACCAUCACCCCAAUCAAUAUCAUCAAUUUCAUCAUCUAUAUCAACAUCUGCGCCAUCUUCAUUGUCAUUAAUUUCAAAUAAUAAUAAUAAUAAUAAUACAGCAAUAUCAUCUGAUACACUAUCAAAUACAUCACCGUCAUCAUCAUCAUCAUCAACAUUAUCAAUGGAAAAAGAAAUUGAAUUUUAUAGAAAACAAAUUGAAAUGUUAGAAAAAAGAUUAAUGGCAUGGAAACAUCAAAAUGAAAUGUUACAUUUAGAAUUAUUAAAUGAUAAACAAAAUAAUUCUGAAGAAUUAUUGAAUUUAUCAUACAAGAUUAAAAAAGUUGAAGAAGAAAGAGAUAGACUAAGUGAGAAAAUUGAUGAACUAAUGGUUGAUGUUGGUGAGAAAGAAGGUAGAGAAUCAAUUUUAUCAAAUAUAAUCUUUGAUUUAAAGAAUGAUAAAUCUUCAUUAUCCGAUACUAUUGAAGAGAUGCAAAGAGAAAGAGAUUUCACAAUUGAGAAAUUUAAUCAUCUAAUUCAAGAGAUUAAAAGAAUGGGUGAAAAUACAGUUUCAAAGCUACAUGAAAUCAUUAAUGAUCUAUCAACAGAGAGAGAAUCAUUAACCAGUUCAAUUGAAAUGAUCGAAUUUGAAAGAUCGACAUUAAUCGAUCAAUUAACUUUGGUAUCAUUACAAUUGGAUCAAUCAGAAUUAAAUAGAAGAUCAAUUUCAGAUUCUCAUAACACUUUAUUAUUAUCUUGUGAAUCCACUUUUAAACAAUUGGAAACUAGUGAAUUCAAUUGUAAUCAAUUUCAAUCACAACUUUCAAUUGUCAAUAAAAAAUUACUUUGGACUGAAUCCGAAGUUGAUAGAUUAACAAAAGAAAUUGAAAGAUUAGAUAAAGUUAAUUUAAAUUUAUAUCAACAAAUUCAACAUCAACAACAACAGCAACUACAGCAACAACAACAACAACAAGAAAAUGAUAAUAAAAAAGAUGAAGAACAAGAACAACAAUUUAUUAAUAUUAAAGAUAAAGCAAUUUCAAUGAAAUCAUUAUUAAAUAAUGAAAAGAAUGAAAUCAUUCAAUUAGGUUCAAAUUUAUCAUUAAUCAUUGAAAAAGGUAAAAUCAAUAGUAAAAAAACAAUUCAAUGUUUAAAGGAUUUCAUUUUAAAGGAAAUGGAAUUCACAAAAUCAGAUUUAUCAAAUAAAUUAUUAGAUAUUGAAUUACAAAAACAAUCAAUAAUUUCAAGUUCUCAACAAUAUAAUAAUGAAAAGUUUUUAUUGGAUGAAAUGAAUUCACAAAAAGCAAAACUUAAUGAAAUGCAAUUGAAAAUUGUUAAAAUUGAAAAUCAAAUUGUCAAUCAAUUAUCUUCACCACCUUUAUUAAAUGUACAAAAACAACAACAACAGCAACAACAACAACAACAUGAUCAUGAUCAAUUCACUCAAUUGAGAAAACUUGAAAAUAAAAUUAGAAAAAUUGAAGCUGGUAUCUCUGAAAUAGUUCAAACUCCACCUUUAACUCCUUCUCUAGCGGCUACUACUAUCACAACUAGUAUAACUACAACUACUCAUACUUAUAAUGAUACUAAUAAUAAUAAUAAUAAUAAUAACAACAAUAAUUCACUACCAAUUGUUGAUGAAAAUACUUCUACUUUCCCAUCAACUAUAAUUAUAAAAGAUGUUGAAGAAAAUAUUAAUAAUGAUAGUAAUAGUAAUCAAGUUGAGUUUGAUGAUGUUCCAGUUUUGGUUAAAGAUUGUUUAAUUAUUACUGCAGGUUUUAACUCUAGUAAUGUUAACAUUGUUGAAGAUGAUUAUUUAAAUCAACAACAACAACAACAACAACAACAACAACAACAACAACAACAACAACAACAACAACAACAACAACAACAACAACAACAACAACAACAACAACAACAACAAAUACACAAUAAUCCUCAAUUAGAAAUUAAUCAAAAUAAUAAUAAUAAUAAUAAUAAUAAUAAUAAUAAGAAUUCAUUAAAAUCAAUAACAUUAAGUUCAUUAUUGGUUGGUACAGGGUCAACACUAUCCAUUAUGUAUUACAGAUUAUUAACUAAUGGUAGCAACAAUAAUAUUAUGGCUCAUUUAGAUUUAUCAAAUAAAGAUCAUAUGAUAUCACUUUUAAAGUUUAGUUGUAAGUUUGGUUUAUUUGUAGCAAGUGGUUAUGGUUUGUUCAAAAUAUUAAAUAAUAUUACUACUAUUACUUCAAUAUCACCAUCACCACCAUCAUCAUCAUCAUUGUCAUCAACAACUCCAACACCAACUACCACAUCAAUACCAUAUUCUCCAAAUAAUAAUAUCAAUAAUAAUGUAAACUAUAAUAAAACUAGAAAGUAUCUUAUAAAUGGAGUAAUUGGUGCAUCUUUAUUGGGCGGAUUGUUAUUUUAUAGAGAAAGAAAGUCAAUUUAUCUUUUAACAGGCGGUUUAAUUGGCUUAACAAAUGGUUUAAUUAAAUAUUUAAGUGAUACUAAUAAUAGUCAAAAUAAAAAUAAAUAA